AUGACCAAGCGUCUUGGUGCGUCUGAGCAACACAAUGAUGAUACUGGCCCUGCUGGUUUCGAACAAAGCUCGGUUAUGAUAAAUAACGAACAAUACAAGAAGCUGAAAUGUAAAGUAAUCGAUGUGAUGCUGAAGACAAAGGACGUGGUAACACUCUCCAUGCUUGGAGGGACGAACCUUGGAUUUGUGGACGCUACACACAGACGCUUGUCUUGGUCGCUCCUACUCUCCAAACAAUUUAAACGCGAUGCUGCGCAUGAAACAAUUGCAGAACAUCCAGAUGAAAAUCAAGUCAAAUUGGACUGUGCCAGAUCAUUUGGAACUGUAGCGGAUGAAAAUUGGAGAACUCGUUUACAGAUGUUUCAAGAGACGCUGAUAUGUCGACUUCUGAGAAGAAACCAUAAACUGCGAUACUACCAAGGUUACCACGAUAUAGUUUCUAUAUUUGUUAAUGUCUUUGUAGAUCGUGAGAAUAUCGACAGCAACGAUCAUAAUACCUUAUUAGCUUGUUUGGAAGCGUUUACUUUACUAUACUUACGUGAUUUCAUGAUGGAUUCUUUGCAUUUUGCCAUUGACCAAAUUAGAUUAAUACCAAGUAUCGUAAAAUUACAAGACAAAGGGUUGGUGGACACUCUCAAAUUGGAUAACCUGGAGCCAUUUUAUGCUAUCUCAUCUAUUUUAACAGUAUUUUCCCAUAAUUUCAAACCAAAGGAACUGGACAAUUCCCUAAUUUUUAGCAUAUUUGACUUUGUUAUAAGCUCACAAUCGAUGCUUGUUCCGUUAGUAAUGUACUCAAAGUUUAUUUUGAAGAACAAAGAUAGACUGCUCAAGGAAACGAACCAUAACUCUGAGAACUUUCUCAACAACACCGAUCUAAUCCAUGCUGUGCUCCAACGAUGCCUUUCUAUUUCCAACGAGGGCCCCGAUCCUCAAUGGACAAGUAUUUUAAACGAAACAAGAGUGGAUUACAAGUCGGGACGUUUCCUGUUGCCUAAAUUGGCAUCUCUAGUAAACGAAUACAGCCCACUUAUAACAACCGCAAGCCAUAGCUGUUUCAAUAGCGGUCCAAGGGUAAGAUAUUAUACGGAGACCGUAAAUGGUCUGCUUGACAAGGCGAUUGAAUUGAACGGGGUCCGCAAACACUUAGAGACGACGGCGGAUGUUGACAAGCUAUACAGACAACAUAGCGUACUCUUUAAGUUAUUUCCGAAGGUAAAUGAUAUGCCGUUGGCCGUCAAGGCAUCUCUUGUUCUCUUGGUAGUGUCACUAAUUUACCAAUUACAAGAGUGA